AUGUCAGAGGAACCCAGAGACGUCUUCAAGCUGAGCUGUGAUUGGCUGUCUGUCCAGGAAGUGGUCGACGCCGUCAACAGCUCUUCCUGUGGAGCCGUUUCAGUUUUUAUAGGUACGACCCGUGAGGACCAGGUGGAGGGCAGGAAGGUGAUUGGUCUUGAGUACGAGGCGUACGAGCUCAUGGCCAAAUCAGAGUUCAGCAGGCUGUGUGAUGACAUCAGAGCCCGCUGGCCAAUCGUGAAGCAUAUCUGUGUCCACCACCGGCUGGGGUGGGUGAAGGUGGGCGAGGCCAGCGUCGUCAUGGCGAUCUCUUCUCCUCACCGUGACGACGGCCAGCAGGCGAUCCAACAUGGCAUCAGCCAGCUAAAGGCCACGAUGCCCAUCUGGAAGAAGGAAGUCUACGAUUCGCAGGACGCCGACUGGAAGGAGAAUGCCGAGUGUUCCUGGUCGACUCACGGAGAGAAAUAAAACCUGAACAACAA